AUGAGCUCCGAGGAGCAGGACGGCGCGUCCUCGCUCACAGCUGAGCUGGAUGCCGCCUUCCGUCUGGCUGCCGAGGCAGGGAAGGGAAAUGAUGCAGGUUCGCGCGCCAUGGGCGUAUUGGGCCAAGUUGCGCACGCGGCAGAUGCCCUUGGCAUCAUCAGCGUGAACGACCGCCUCCAUGAGAUCAGCACGCCGUCUCUGCGAAUCUUGCUUAUCCCCAGCAUCCAGGCCUACCUCGAGAAUAAUUCAGUAAUACCAGAGGGCGAAGAUCGUAUGCGUGCACGCAAAAGCCAUGUGCAAGCGUCGAUGGGCGCUGCACGUCUCUUUUUCUCCCUGAUGCGUCGCUAUGAGGCACUUCCGCCCGUAGUGCGCGCAUGUCUGCUACCCUACAUGCAGCGCGAAGGCGCUGAGCCGGUUGUGCGCAAUCCAUCAGAGAGGCGCAUGAUCAAAAUCCAAUCGUUCAAGCUUGAGCGCGCCGUGCAGCAGCAGCUCGACGCGUUCCGUAAGGCCUACCGGGCCCAGGCACGCGCGCCUACGACUGGCCCCUCGGACGUCUUCUUCGACUUGCUUGUCGUCCCCGGCUCCGAGGAAGUUGACGAAGAUACCGACGACAUGGGACACACAGAUGGCGAGCUGCCACCGGUGCGCACGCUACGAGCCUACCUACAAGGGAUGUGUGUGCUGCAUGCGCUGCGCUGCGCAAGCCUGCUCGAAUCUGCGGAGCAAGAACUAGAACUGCUUGAGCAUGUACCACCGCCCAAGCCCAUGACCGAUACCAGCCAUGCCGCGGACGACGCAUGGCGCCUGGACUCACACUGGUUUUCCAAGACGUCAGGUCCCUUGCUGAGCGAGACGGGAAAGCCGCUGCGUCCGUUUGUCAUUACACCUGCGGCAGAUAAGCGCGCGCAGAUGCAGGCAGCCGUGUUCCGUCCAUCGCACCGCCUUCCGACAAUGAGCAUUGAUGAAUACCUCGCUGAAGAGGAGAGACGAGGCAAUAUCGUGUCACGCAGCCAUCCCGACGAGCCGACCCCGCGGGAGCAGCGUACAGCGGCAGCCGAGAUGGACGGAACGCGCGAGGCCGAGGAGGCUGAGGAAGAAGCUCGGCAAGAGGCCAUCCAUUGGGAUGCCUACAAAGAACAGCACCGCCGUGGGGAGGGCAAUACGAUGAAUCGUGGCUAG